CCACAAAAAGACUUGGCCAUGACGACUUGACCUAUCAAAGACUGCGUCAAUUCAUCAUUUUCAGUUCUCAGUGCCAUAAUUCCAUCUUUUAAUUUCUGGCUCCAUGAUUUCAUUUCGGAUGAAACUAAAUGAUCCCUGUCUAUAAAAGCAGAUCCAGAAUCAAAGAAACUUUCACCAAUUUUCCUCCCAUUUCAAAGUAUAUAGUAGAUACUGAUCUCUUUGUCCCCAAUUCCAACAGUAUCAUGUCCAGUGAUCAGAACAACUCUGGUUGCCAUGAAGCUCCUAAACCCCCACAGGCUCCUCGGAAGUGGCUUACGGUUCUCUGCAUCGACGGCGGCGGGGUGCGGGGAAUCAUACCGGCUACGAUCCUGGAUUUCCUUGAAUCCAAACUCCAAGAACUGGAUGGACAGAGCGCGAGGAUCGCCGAUUACUUUGAUGUGAUUGCCGGCACAAGCACUGGCGGUCUUAUCACCACGAUGCUUUCGGCUCCUAACGACAAGAAAAGGCCCCUCUUUGCUGCCAAAGAAAUAAUCAGUUUCUAUUUAGAACACUGCCCCAAAAUUUUUCCACAGAAAAUUUGGUUCAUGUCUAAUAUCUUUCAUGCAAUCCAUCGUUGUAAGUACGACGGUCAAUACCUUCACUCUAUCAUCAAGAAGUUGCUAGGCGAGACACGCCUCAGUGAAACGUUAACGAAUGUUAUCAUCCCCACUUUUGAUAUCAAACUUUUGCAGCCAACCAUCUUCUCAACAUAUGAGGCAAAGACCGAUCCGUCAAAGAAUGCCUCUCUUUCCGAUGUGUGUAUUGGCACAUCUGCAGCACCAACCUAUCUUCCAGGGCAUUGCUUUACAAUCAAAGAGAAAAGUUAUAAUCUCAUUGAUGGCGGUGUAGCAGCAAAUAACCCUACCUUGGUUGCCACGACACAAAUAUGGAAGGAGGCCAUCGCUGGGAAUCCUGAUUUUUCGAGGUGCAGUCCUUUUAACUAUGACAAGUUGCUGGUCAUCUCGAUUGGAACUGGAUUGCCCAAACAAGAGGCAAGGUUUACUUCUCUACAAACCGCCAAGUGGGGUUUGCUUGGGUGGCUGUUCCACAGAGGGACUAUGCCCAUCAUCGACAUUUUUACUCAAGCAAGUGCAGACUUGGUUGACAUCCAUACUUCUGUUGUUUUCAAGGCACGCAAUACCAAACAUUACCAGAAGCAUUAUCUACGAAUACAGAAUGAUGCACUGACUGGAGAUGCUUCAUCAAUGGACAUAGCGACGACGAAGAACCUCGAGAAGCUGGUUGAGAUUGGCAAAGAGCUCCUCCAGAAGCCUGUGUGCAGGGUGAACUUGGAGACUGGACAAUUAUCUGAGGCAAUGGAUGGUGGAACCAAGCAAGUGGCUGAAACUAAUGCAGAGGCUCUCGCUCGUUUUGCAACCAAACUGUCAAGAGAAAGGAGCCGCAGGCAGAUGGGAUAAAUCUAGCUUUGUAUUGGUGGUGUGUGGCAAUUGUAUGAAUGGCUCAAAGUGUGCUUUCGACGAUGAAUAAACAUCUUCUUCCUCCUUCAA